AUGGGGAAGCUCCUGAAUUUGCUGGUGGCUUCUGUUAUGCCGGUUCUCAAGCUUCUCAUCAUUACUGCUCUUGGCUUGUUUCUCGCGGUCGAUUCUGUUGACAUCUUGGGAAUAGAUGCUCGCAAGCACUUGAACAAUGUGGUCUUUUUCGUCUUCAAUCCAGCUCUUAUCGCUAGCAAUCUGGCGAAAUACAUAACGCUAAAGAAUGUAGUCAUGUUGUGGUUCAUGCCACUGAACAUCCUCUUUACAUUCAUCGUUGGAUCGCUUCUUGGGUGGGUGCUCAUUAGAAUAACCGAGGCUCCUCGUGCUCUUCGAGGUCUGGUACUGGGAUGCUGUGCUGCAGGAAAUCUGGGGAACAUGCCUCUCAUUAUCAUUCCAGCUGUUUGUAAAGAGAGAGGCUCUCCAUUUGGAGAUGUUAAUGCUUGUUAUGAACAUGGGUUGGCUUAUGGGUCACUGUCAAUGGCUAUUGGAGCAGUCUUUAUGUGGUCUUACGUUUACAACAUCAUGCGUCUCUAUUCGAGUAGAAGUUCCGAUGGACCGAAGUUUGAAGCCUUAGCACAUGCCACGAGCUUUGCCACAGACACUCUUGAAGGGCUUUCAAAAGGUCACUCUGGACCUCUGCUUCCCCUGGCAAAAUCCGCUGCAAGUGAGGGCCAUACCGAAUUCGAACUUGUCCCCGUGACAUCAGAACAUAAGGAUAAGGUACCCUUCUUAGAGAAGCUAAAGCAGGGAAUACAGAUUUUUGGUACAAUGUUCAACCUGAGGAGAUUGUUUGCUCCUUCAACGAUUGGAGCGAUUGUUGGAUUUGCAGUGGGAAUGAUCCCUCACUUGCAAGGAUUACUAGUUGGCGAUAAGGCUCCCCUUCGAGUGUUCCAAGACUCGGCAUGUCUGCUAGGGGACGCGGCUAUUCCUGCAGUCACAUUGGUACUGGGAGCAAAUCUCCUAAAAGGUUUGAAAGGCUCGGAAGUGCGGUUAUCAGUGAUUGUCGGUAUAAUCAUGGUUCGUUACGUCGCCUUACCACUGACAGGAGUUGUCAUCGUCAAGUCUGCAGUCCACUUCGGAUUCGUGCAGCGCGAUCCACUGUAUCAAUUUGUUCUUCUACUUCAGUUUGCUCUUCCUCCUGCAAUGAACAUUGGUACAAUGAGCCAGCUGUUUGGGACCGGAGAGAGCGAGUGCUCUGUGAUUCUGCUCGCAAGUUAUGCUUUGGCAUCAGUCGCGGUCACGAUUUGGUCGGCGAUUUUCAUGUGGUUGGUAGCAUAG